AAGCGACGCUAAAGUGCGACAGCUAACAAGAUCAACUAUCCUGCGGAGCGUGGAGAUCUACGGUAACGACAAUGGUUGCCCCAGCAGCUUUGGCUCUAAUAUAUCCUGCCCUGCUCACUUCGUUGAUGCGGGCAAAUUACACGGUUUUCCCCAACGAAGAAGGUGUACCUUAUCUGAUUAAAAUCGACAAUACGCCACUGACUUUGGAGGAACGAAGCGCUUUGGCCGCAAAUGUGAACGAAAUUACUUUCACACUUUUCACACGAAACAACCGACAAAAUGGACAUGUCCUGAAACUGAAUGACAUAAACUCCGUACGGGGUAGUCAAUGGGGAGCAAACAAACCAACGAUCUUAGUCGCUCAUGGUUGGAAGAGCUCUGGUACCUCUUCAGCCUGCACCUUGAUACGCGAUGCUUUCCUCAAAGCUCUGGACUGCAACGUCGUCGUUAUUGACUGGAGCUCGAUAGCACACAACAUAGCUUACUCUGUUGUUGCGAAGAGCGUGCCAGACGUGGCUGCACACGUAGCUUCUUUCGUAAAUUUCUUGCGCAGCAAGGCUGGUUUGAAUCCAUCCAACACGAAAUUAAUCGGACAUUCUCUUGGUGCUCACGUCGCGAGUUUGAGCGCGCGACUUGUGUCGAAUGUAGCAGAAGUGAUCGCUCUGGACCCGGCUAAACCCAUGUUCCAAAACAAAGAAUCUAACAAUAGAGUUGAUAGCUCGCACGCAAAGAACGUCCAAGUUAUUCACACAUGUGCUGGUCUGCUGGGAAUGGAUACCUCUGUAGGUACCUCUGAUUUUUUCGCCAACGGAGGAAGAAAUCAACCAGGUUGCAACAAUGAUUUACUUGGUGCCUGCGCGCACGGACGCAGUUAUGAGUACUACAGUGAAUCUAUUACAAAUCCAAGAGGUUUCCUCGGUACACCUAAAAACGGAGGUUUAAAGGUGUACAUGGGAGGCCCUACUCUCAGUUCAAGUGCCAGGGGAACUUACGAUUUCAAAACUAGAAGCCAACCACCUUACGCGGUCGGUGGAUAAAAAUAUUCAUGUUUACCACAUUGUAUAUAAUAUCAU